ACAGUCGAGCAACAAAAAAAGGGGCACACUGAUGAGGUGGAUUCCGAGCACUGAUAUGAAUAUAUGAAUUCGAAUUGGAACACAUUUUGUGGAGAACAGUAAAACUGUAUAGACGUAAACAUCUGCCGAGUCUUUGAUUUUGAAAGUAAAUAUUAAACGAAUAUGACAGCAAAUUCGACUUCGGUGGAAUCGACAUCAAAGCAACCGGGAGCAAUGGUCAAAGGUUACCUUUUCCUAUACAAUGCCGUACAAGUGGCUGGUUGGAGUUUAAUCCUAUUCCAAUUGAUAAAUUUCUAUCUUCUGCAAGGGCCAGAAUUCCGGGCACAAGUUUCACUUUGGGACUACACUUAUCUUGCAGUAAUUGUUUUCCAAAAUGCUGCAUUUGUUGAAAUUGUAAAUGCAGCAUUUGGUCUAGUAAAGUCAAAUCCAGUGAUAACUGCAUUUCAAGUACUGAGUCGAAUGAUGGUUGUAAUUGGAGUUGUUAUGGCUACGCCGAGUGGAAAGGUGUCACCUGGACUUCCCAUCGCACUUUUCGCUUGGGCUGUAACGGAGAUCAUUAGAUACGGCUACUAUGCAUUAAACAUUUUAAAUGUUAUGCCGUAUAUUGUUGUCUUUCUACGUUACACAACAUUUAUCGCACUGUACCCAAUUGGAGUUACUGGAGAGUUGCUGUGUUUUUGGUGGGCACAGAGCUAUGCCAAAUCAAAUACAAUUUGGUCAUGGCAACUGCCAAAUAAAUGGAAUGCCACAUUCUCAUAUUUUACGCUACUUUGGAUUGUGAUGCUCUUGUAUAUACCACUCUUUCCGCAAAUGUAUUUGCACAUGUUUGCGCAACGUAAAAAAGUAUUAAGUGGAAACAACAAAUUUCGAACAAUGAAAAAAACUGAAUAAUUAGCAUGGUAAUUUGGAUCAAAGUUUGUAUAUUUAUUCCAAAUAUGGUAUUUUUUAUAAUUUUUGAUAUGUAUGUAUGUAUGUAUAAGAAGCAUAUAAAAUAUAUGCAAACCUGUUUUAUAUCUGUGUCUCUUGCUGAAUAUCGUUGCACUUUGCUCGACCUUUCGCAUAUUAUGUAAAUUUUAAUAAAAGGUGCUGAAACCAUA